CAAGGAAAAAGCGUCUCUUUUUCCUCUCCUCGUCGCUAGGGCAAUCAAAUCAAUCGCCGAACCUGAAAAUGCUGUCGGUACGACGAUAAGCUCAUGGUCGGUCUUUGCAAAUGACGCAGUUGCUGCUGUCGGUUGCAGGGAGUUCCUUUUUCUUCUCUCUGUGUGGCCCUGGUGCUGGUCGAUGCUUAUCUUUAUUGCCCUUUGAUUCGGUCGUCGCUUGCUUCGCUCUCUUCUCUUCCAUAUGUUAUUGAUUCCUGGAAUAUAUCUGCGCGGAUCACUGCAAGGCAAGAAAGCGACGAUCUUGGUGGCUGGGGCUGCCUUUCCUUGCUCCGAUUUCUUCCUCCUAUUCUUGUUUCUGGGAUUGUAGUAUUCUUUUGUGGGAAGAUUUAUUUUGCUGGCGCUUAAUUAUCCAUAAAAACCCUUUCUCGAUUCCGAGACCCAGCUCUCUGGAUCCUGGGUUAACGUUGCCUUAAGUAAAGUUUGCUCCUUUAGGGGGCUUGCAUUCUUUCCACUCCUGACUCCUUUGAUUCGGGAUUUUGUUCUUCGAUUUUUUCCCCCCUUUUGGGUCGUGAAAUGGGCUAAACGUGGCAGUAGUCUGAGAUGAUGUUAUCAUCCUGCUGUUGUCAGUGUUCCCCGGUUUGCUGCUGGAAAUCGUCCCUCCCCUCUGACUUGCCUAACCAUCCGAAGUCACAAUGGGGAGAUGCCCAGCAUGCGGCCACAGAUCCACCUCCGGUCCCAAUUACGCUGGAGAAGAAGCCUUCUUGUGAGAAGGUUGUGAUCGAACAGAAGAGUGCAUCUGAAGGAAAAUGUACUGAGAUCUUGCUGAAGAGCAGCCUAAAAAAGCCGAGAGUUUCAGAUUCAGAACAAAACGUAAAGGGCAAUGUUAAAUGGCUGGACUUCUUAGGAAAGGAACUUGUUGAGGUCAAGGAAUUCGAACCUACUGAAUGGGAAGAAUCAGAUUACUGCACGGACGACAGCGCGGGGUGCGUUUGUGUGAUUCAAUGACAGUGACUUAUGAGAAUAUCCAUCGAUUGUCUCACUGUUAAUUACAGAAAUAAUUGCCUGAUAUUUUCCCCUACAUCUUGUGCGCAUUAGAUUAAUCUUCCAAAUUCCAAAUUUUUAGAUCCUUAAAAUUUUUCUUUGAUGAUGAAAUCUCUCUCAGUUCAAGCAGGCGCAGUUGCAUUUUAUUCUAUAUUGUCCGGUGUAGGGGAAAAAAUAAAUGUAUUAAUUUUAAGUGGAAGCCAAUUGCAUUCUGAUAUCCAGCUCUUGCUCAA